UAUCAACAACCCUUAACCUAGUUUCAUUUCUAAACCAGCCGUCACCCCCAAAACUCAACACCACCGCCAUCUUCGUGAUCCAUCUCCCCCGCCGUCCCUCCCUCGCAAUCUCCUACCCGAGCCGUGAGGACCCAAGCGCAAGUGUCCGAAGCACCCACGCCCAUCUCGGCCUCCCUCGCAAGCGACCCCGAAGCCAGGUGACCCGAACCCAGACGCGACCCCAACUUAGCCCUCACCACCAUCUGACCACCCUUGCGCAACCUCACCUCGCCUGUUUCCACACCAAACCCAGACCAGAUCAGGGAUACAAGAUACGACCUUAAUGUUGUUUUAUGCUUAUAAAGAUUGAGUGCUGCAGAGGACCGCUUGGCAGCUGUUUUUGGCAGAUAUUGAAGGAUUGAAGAGAAAUGAUUUGGGGAGUUCUCCGCCGUAGAGUUGCUUCGUCUCAGGUGUUGGGACAAGCCUGGAAAGCUAAGCCUACAGUUUCCGGGUCAAGCUGUUAUCAUACUGCGCGUAAAGAGUCCUCCUUCAUUUGGAAAGAGAUUGCCUGUGUCCAGAGCUCUAGCUACCACACAUUUUUAGGCGGUCAUGCCUAUCCGAAACUUGGCAGGGAUGUUAAUGCCAUAUCUCAAACUGAAUCUUUUAUCAGAUUGAGCAAUAGAUCAUUUUCUUCAGAUGAUGGAGAUGUGGUUGAAGCUGCUGUUCCUUUCAUGGGUGAAUCUAUUACUGAUGGGACUUUGGCUCUUUUCUUAAAGAAACCCGGUGAUAGAGUUGAAGCUGAUGAGCCCAUUGCUCAAAUUGAAACUGAUAAGGUGACAAUCGAUGUUGUCAGUCCUGUAGCUGGAGUUAUAACUAAGCUUUUGGCCAACCAAGGUGAUACGGUGGAACCAGGCAUUAAGGUUGCUGCUAUAUCAAAAUCAGGUGAAGGUGCACCAGAAGCUGCUCCGUCAGAAAAGGCUGUUAGUCAGCCGCCACCGUCUUCCAAAGAAGAGGCCCCCAAAACAGAGACGGCCCCUAUCAAGGAGGCAAAGAAAGAGCCAUCUCCGCCACAACCCAAAUCUAAGGGACUUCCACCACCACCAAAACCCACAGAACCCCAGCUUCCUCCAAAGGAUAGGGAAAGACGGGUUCCCAUGACAAGACUCAGGAAACGAGUUGCAACACGUUUGAAGGAUUCUCAGAAUACGUUUGCUUUGUUGACCACAUUUAACGAGGUUGAUAUGACUAACUUGAUGAAUAUUCGAUCAGAAUAUAAGGAUGCUUUCUAUGAAAAACAUGGAGUGAAAUUGGGACUGAUGUCUGGCUUUGUGAAAGCUGCCAUAAGUGCGCUUCAGUAUCAGCCAGUUGUGAAUGCGGUUAUUGAUGGGGAUGACAUCAUAUAUAGAGAUUACAUUGAUAUUAGCAUUGCAGUGGGCACCCCAAAGGGUCUUGUAGUCCCAGUUCUCCGCAAUGCUGAAAGAAUGAACUUUGCUGAAAUAGAAAAGGAAAUCAACACUCUUGCUAAGAAGGCAACUGCCGGAUCCAUAUCAAUUGAUGAGAUGGCUGGUGGCACAUUUACAAUUUCUAAUGGUGGUGUUUAUGGAAGCCUUUUGAGUACGCCCAUCAUCAACCCUCCACAGUCUGCUAUAUUGGGGAUGCACUCAAUUGUGAGUCGUCCAAUGGUUGUUGGAGGCAAUGUUGUUCCAAGGCCAAUGAUGUAUAUUGCCCUAACAUACGAUCAUCGUCUGAUUGAUGGAAGAGAGGCCGUCUUCUUCUUGCGUCGCAUCAAAGAUGUGGUUGAAGAUCCCCGCAGACUUCUCCUCGAUGUAUGAGAAGAAAUUUCUUACAGAUUACAUUUUACAAGAUACAUGCAGUAGUGCUGCAUAAACUAGAAUAAAUCACACACCUGAGCUUAAAAUUUUUGUUUGAGAUAUCUUUUAUUUACUCGUCCAUGUCAAGUAUGUUGUCAAUUGCAACGUCGGAAAUUGUUUGCAAGAGUUGCUAUAUUUAGUCGCUUCAAUAAGUUCUUCCAGUGUUGCUGCUGAUGUCCUAAUCAAACGUCAGAUUACAUUGAUUGUUU